AUGUUCGAACCAGUGCUCGAGACGUUUGGCACAGACGGUGGCGAGUAUCCUGACAGGAAGUCGACAAAGAGCAGAGAGAAGUUGGCACAAACAUCGUCGUCGUCGUCGUCGUCGUCGUCCAGGUACGAACGGAGAGCCAGUCAGUCGCAGUAUUUGGGACAAGUUGAAACGCGUCGUAAAAGAGCGUUCCUAAAAUUACCAGUUACGCAAGGGGAGGACUAUGUCUUCGAUUGUAAAACGUCGAUUCGCGCUUUAAACGCCACUUGGGGAAUUCAUAGCCACCGGCGAGAAUCGACGAUUUGCAUUCGACGAUUGGGAUUCGAGGCAAGACUGAGAGAAGAGAGUUUUCAACACUCUCGGAUGUCAGAGGCCCGGGCAGAGGUCUCGGGGCCAUGUAGAAGAGACGCCAUGUAGGCGACGCCGAAAGGAAGAGAGGACAAAACCGGCGAUGCGUUUC